AUGACGACGACGCGCCACGAGCCUGUGCCGUCUGCAAGCGCCCCUACGCCGCGCGGCAUUUUGAAGCAGUCCAAACCGAAGGAUGGUAUGAAUGUGUCACACUUGCACUGGGAUGAAGAGAACCUGCAGGAGAACCAGCAGGAUUUGGAUAAUACGCCAGCACGCAUGAUCGUGGAUGAGCCCAAGACGCCGUUUGUGCACAAUACCCAAGCGCCCCCGCUGGAGCUAGAAGACUUCCAACUCGAUGCUAGCGCGCCUAGUAUUCAGGAGACAACCAAGACGAAUACGAUCGCCAAUGCACGUGGCUCGCAAGUGCCAUGCGAGGUCACCCCUGCAAGCGAACGUGUCACCGUGCCAAAGCCGCCGCUGGCGCCCAUUGAUCUCUCGAAGCUCGAUGAGGCGGAGCGAGCUGAGGUCGAGGCCGAAGAGGCGCGGCAUGCUGAGUUUGAUAGGAAACGGCACAAACUUUACGACAACGAAGGCGGCGCACUGAAGAUGGCGAUGAAGAUGCCCAUCGAGGACGAGGAGGAAGAAGAAUCAUGA